AUGGCGAGGAUUAACGCGGUACUGAAUGAUGAAGGUGGAUAUACCCUAUCUAAAGUGAUCUUGGAUCAUACACAUGUUUGCAGUCCGAAAAAGGCAAGGCAUUUUAGAUGCUUUAAGAAGGUUGAUGCUCGUGUGGCGAAGAGACUUGAAAUAAAUGAUGAGGCGGGAAUAAGAUUGUCAAAAAAUUUCAAGGCUGUGGUUGUUGAGGCGGGGGGGUACGAGAAUGUGCCAUUCGGGGAUAAGGAGUGUCGAAACUACAUUGAGAAAGCUAGACAACUUCGCCUCGGGGUUGGAGGUUCUACAGCUCUAUGUAACUAUUUCCAAGAUAUGCAAAAAAGAAAUCCGGAUUUUUUUUAUAAAAUAGAUGUUGACAAUGACAUGCGGUUAAUAAAUGUGUUUUGGGCAGAUGCCCGCAGUAGAGCGGCGUAUGAAUCAUUCGGGGAUGUCAUUGUCUUCGACACAACAUAUUUGACUAAUGUGUAUAAAAUGCCUUUUGCACCGUUUGUGGGUGUGAACCAUCAUGGUCAAUCAAUUUUAUUGGGGUGCGGAUUGAUAUCCAAUGAGGACGCUAAUACAUUCGAGUGGUUGUUUGAGUCAUGGUUGAAGUGUAUGAAUGACCAACCACCUAAUGCAAUCAUCACAGACCAAGAUAAGGCCAUGAAAAUUGCAAUAUCGAGGGUGUUUCCAACGUCUAGACAUCGUUUCUGCUUGUGGCAUAUAAUGAAAAAGCUUCCUGAAAAGUUUGGAUCACAUUCUCGAUAUGAGGAAAUCAAGAGUACUUUGCAUAGGUGCAUUUAUGACUCUUUGAGUGUGCUUGAAUUUGAAUCACAGUGGCUUGAUAUGCUCGAUACCUAUGAUCUGCAUGAGAAUGCAUGGUUGGUAUCAUUAUAUACUGAUCGCCGUUUCUGGGUGCCGACGUAUGUUAGAGACACAUUUUGGGCAGGUAUGUCAACUACACAGUGGAGUGAAGGCAUGAAUGCAUUUUUUGAUGAUUACGUUAACUCUAAAACAACAUUGAAACAAUUUGUUGAGCAGUAUGAUUUAGCCCUUAAGAGGAAGGUGGAGAAUGAAACAAUUGCGGAUUUUAAUUCAUUUAACACGGAGAUUCCGUACAUCACUCGCUAUCCUCUUGAGAAGCAAUUUCAAAAGGCAUAUACAAUUGCUAAAUUUAAAAAAGUACAAGAGGAAUUGCGAGGAUUUCUUUAUUUAACUACUUCAUUAUUGCGAUGUGAGGGUGGUAGAAGUACAUUCGAAGUUGCCGAUGAGAUUCAAGUUGGUGAUGACUUGUUAAAGCAUGCAACCUUCACUGUCAAAAUUGAUGAAGAUCCCCUUGAUGUUAAAUGCAGCUGUAAAUUGUUUGAGUUUAGGGGCAUAUUAUGCAGGCACACUCUACGUAUCUUGACUCAGCUGGGUAAGCAUAUAGUACCUUCGAAAUACAUCUUAGAUCGGUGGAGGAAGGAUGUAAAGCGUAAAUACAACUUCGUGAAAACUAGUUAUGACGCUAGUAGCAGCGAUGAUGCCCGAAGGUACGAUAGGAUCCAGAAUUGCUUCUAUGAGCUGUGUUCCAAUGCUUCAAAGUCCGAGAGCAGUUGUGUGAAAUUGAUUAAUCAGAUAGAACAGUUGAAGGUACAGUUCCCAGGUAUUGCUGAUCCAGUUACUUCCACGGGGGACAUGACAGUUGAUCGAGAUACUUGCAUAAGGGGCACGACAGUUGAUCCAGUUACGUCUAUGGGAGGCACGACAGGUAGAGUUCUUAGUCCGUUGGUAGUUCGGAGUAAGGGAAGACCACCGUCUAAGAGAAAAGUGCAUCCUGCUGAGAAGAGUCUUAAAAAAUCUAGUACGAGGAGACGAUUACACCACGACGAAGUUGAGCGGGGUAGUCACGCUCCAGAUGAAUGCACUGUCAGCGACACACAUCAUGAGGCUCCUCAAACCCAAGAUCAACAAAGUCAAGUUUGGACACAUGCACCGGAUUUUUUUGCUACACCUUCGACUGCUACGAAUUAUUCUGGCAUUGGAUGGACUGCUCCCCCCUCACAGUACACGCCUCAUCAAGUAUAUGCGCCGAAUUUAUUUGGUAUUGGACAGACUGCUCCUCCCUCACAGUAUAUGCCUCAUCAAAUAUACACUAUGGAUUUUGUUGGUAUGGGACAGACUGCUCCUCCUUCACAGGCGCAAUUGAGAGGAUUGCAUAUUUCGGAAGAGGAUAAUGAUGCGAGAAAUUAA